CUUCCUGGGUCCCCAGCGCUCGGUGCGGGAGGUGAGGGCUGCGGGAUUGUGUCUUCGAGAUGCGGAGUGGGCGCAGCGCUGCGGCCGUGAGAAGGGGACACUGAGAACCUGGGGAAGGACUCUGCCCUUUUCUACAAGGAGAGCACACAGGAGGGCAUGGCUGCUGGGGGUCCGACUGCUGGAUGCCAGGGAUUGGUGACAUUCGAGGAUGUGGCCGUGAUUUUCACAGAUGAAGAGUGGAGGCAUCUGGUCCCUGUUCAGAGGGACCUCUACAAGGAGGUGAUGCUGGAGAACUAUGAGAGCAUCAUCUCAUUGGGGCUUCCAGUUCCUCAACCAGAUGUGAUUUUCCAGUUGAAGACAGCAAAUGAGCCCUGGAUAGCUGAUCUUCAUGGAUCUGAGGACAGAUGUCCAGGGAGCAUUUCUCCAGACUGGGAGACUAAGCCUGAGAUUCAAAGUGCUUCAGAAGAAGAAAAACCAGAAGGAACGUCAAGAGGGAAGCUUGGAAGAAAAGGUCCUCUGUGUCCUAAGUCUGAAGUUCAUGCACUGGAAAGUGGGUUAGAAAAAGAGGAGGAAAGCCGUACAGUGGAGACCUGCAAGAAAUCCCUUUCCCAGGAGGAAAGCUUGCAGCAAGGGUCAACCCCUCACAGGAAAAUUCUCACUAAAGACAGAGACCAGGAAUGCAGUGACUGUGGGAAGACCUUUUUUGACCACUCAUCUCUUAUCCGCCAUCAGAGGACUCACACAGGAGAGAAGCCCUAUGACUGUCAUGAGUGUGGGAAAGCUUUUUUCAACCGUUCAUCCCUAACUGUACAUCAGCGAAUUCACACUGGAGAGAAGCCCUUCAAAUGCGGUGAGUGUGGGAAAGUCUUCAGUCACAGGUGCAGUCUCAGCAGACACCUGAUGUCUCACACAGGGGAGAGCCCCUAUGAAUGCAGCGCGUGUGGGAAAGCCUUUUUUGACCGUUCAUCCCUAACUGUACAUCAGCGAAUUCACACUGGAGAGAAGCCCUUCAAAUGCAGCGAGUGUGGGAAAGCCUUCUUUGACCGUUCGUCUCUCACUCGACACCAGAGGAUUCACACUGGAGAAAGUCCCUAUGAAUGCAGUCAGUGUGGGAAAGCCUUCAGCCAGAAAAGCAUUCUUACUCGACACCAGGUAAUCCACACUGGUAGGAAACCUUAUGAAUGUAACGAGUGUGGGAAAGCCUUCUAUGGUGUCUCGUCACUAAAUAGGCACCAAAAAGCUCACGCUGGAGAGCCUCGCUACCAGUGUAGUGAGUGUGGGAAAGCGUUCUUUGACCGCUCAUCGCUCACACAGCAUCAGAAGAUUCACACUGGAGAUAAGCCCUAUGAAUGCAGCGAGUGUGGGAAAGCCUUUAGCCAGAGAAGCCGGCUUACACGGCAUCAGAGGGUUCAUACAGGGGAGAAACCCUUUGAGUGUAGCGUGUGUGGGAAAGUUUUUAGUUCUAAAUCAUCGGUUAUUCAACACCAACGGCAGCAUACAGGAAAGAAACCUUGGAAGUGUAGUGAGUGUGAGAAAGCCUUUAGUUACUACUCAGCUUUUGUCUUGCAUCAGAGAAUUCACACAGGAGAAAAGCCCUACGAGUGUCAUGAGUGUGGCAAGGCCUUCAGCCAGAGCAUACACCUAACGCUGCACCAGAGGAUUCACACCGGAGAGAAGCCCUACAAAUGUCACGAGUGUGGGAAAGCCUUCAGCCACCGCUCAGCCCUUAUUCGGCAUCAUAUAAUUCACACUGGAGAGAAGCCCUAUGAAUGCAGUGAGUGUGGGAAGGCCUUUAAUCAGAGCUCAUACCUCACUCAACAUCAGCGAAUUCACACCGGAGAGAAACCUUAUGAGUGUAAUGAAUGUGGGAAGGCCUUCAGCCAAAGCACAUUCCUUACCCAGCAUCAGGUGAUUCACACUGGAGAAAAACCCUACAAGUGUAAUGAAUGUGGGAAAGCUUUUAGUGAUCGUUCAGGCCUCAUCCAGCACCAGAGAACUCAUACUGGGGAGAGGCCUUAUGAGUGUAACGAAUGUGGGAAAGCCUUUGGCUACUGUUCAGCCCUCACUCAACACCAGAGAACUCACACAGGGGAGAAACCCUACAAAUGCAACGAUUGCGCCAAAGCCUUCAGUGACCGCUCAGCCCUUAUCCGUCAUCAGAGAACACACACUGGAGAGAAACCUUACAAGUGUAAGGAUUGUGGGAAAGCCUUCAGCCAGAGCUCAUCUCUCACAAAGCACCAGAAAACUCAUGCUGAAGGGAAAGUCAAGGAAUACAGAAAAGCCCUCACUGGCAAUUCAGCCCUUGGUCAACAAAAGCGAAUUCAUACUGGAUAAAGACUGUAAACAUGGUAAAUUCAGAACAUAUUUAUAGAACAUUUACUAUCCACGAUGUGAGGGCUGCAAAGAACUUUAACUGUGUUACAAAAAAUAUGUUAAUGAUCUGUCUUUGUUGAUAUGGGAUGGAGCUUACUUAGAAAGUGAAAGAGGGGGUUUACAAUUUUUAAAUAUCCUAAUGGAGGACAUUGUGAAUUUCCCAUGGGAUAGAGGAAAAUUAUUUCUGACACUCUAAUAUGUAUGUAAGCUACUGAAUUCUCGAGACAAGUAGGAUAUGCCAUGGCGGAAAGAGGGCAUCUUGGCUGGGCUAGGCAGUCUCUUAGUGCCAAAGACAUGGACUUUUAAAGAAAUCAGGGGUUCUUUUAGGGAAAUAACAGGUUGAGAAUUUACAAUGACUUUGUCAGGGGUCAAGAGUGGUGGGAGGAAGGGAAUUUGCCCUUAGUCUAAGUGCAAGGCCACAAAGGAGGUACAUGGAAACUGUAGAGAAAAAGCUGGGGGAAUGAGCUCAAGAAACGAUAGAGACAACUAUUCGGAUGAGUACUCACACCCAGGAAAAGCAUGAGACCAUGAGUUGGUCAACUGCAGUUUCCACAAAGGCAGCUUCCCCAAAGCCAGGGGACAAUGGCUGGGCAAUUUGCUUCUGCACUCUGUGCCUUGUAGACCUUGCUUACUGAGACAUCUCCUACUUAGAAUCAUUAACUCCGAGGGUCAGGCCUGCAGCCUAGAAAGAGGGAGUACAGAGGGACCUUUGACAUUUUCUGUCUGUUUUAAGCUAUCUGAGUUACCUGACAACGUGCUUAUUUAUGAAGGUUUACCUCCAUUGUAUAUAGUUUGUACCUUAGACCUUUUCAUACCAUGGUACCAUUUAGCUGCACACCUGAACUGCCACUGCAUAUUAGGUUGUAAAAAACUUGAAAAGACUUUGAAAUCUUUGCUUUUCACCAUUUUACUCUUGGGUAGAGGCAGAUGACAUCUUUUUUUCAUUGAAACUUUGACGGUUAUUACUGGAAACAUUUUGAGUGCUGUAAUUUUGGCUUUGACGUUUGAUUGA